CCUUUGUUUCUCUUCCCUUUGAGGCAGCAAUCCCACUGCUCUGUAAAUCCAACCUGGACUCUCCUCGGGCGGCUGGCUUUGACACUGCAGGUCCUAAGAUAUCCACCUGCGGCAGGAGGUCAUUCCUCACUCUCCAGCGGAUAUUUCAGGAAAGGAUUGGUCUCCCCCAGAUUCUUUAAAAGAAGACACUUUGCCCAUCCUCUUGCCUCUGCAGAGCCAGACACUCCGAACUGGACUGCACCUGCUUCAGCUAGGAAAACACAGAAUCCAAGGCCGCAGAGCACGGAAGCAGACACAAAUCAGGGAACUGCAGCCUUCCACACCUGCUUUCUGAGUGCUCAAAGCAGCGGGACACACCUGGUUUUCUGCAUGCCUGCCUGCCUGCCGACAUGUCAACUAUCAGUCCUGAAUAUGACUACUUGUUUAAGCUGCUGCUGAUUGGCGAUUCUGGAGUUGGGAAGUCAUGCCUCCUGCUACGUUUUGCGGAUGACACCUACACAGACAGUUACAUCAGUACCAUCGGCGUGGACUUCAAAAUCCGGACAAUAGAGUUGGAGGGAAGGACCAUUAAGCUGCAGAUUUGGGAUACUGCAGGGCAGGAGCGCUUCCGAACAAUCACGUCCAGCUAUUAUCGAGGUGCACAUGGCAUCAUCAUUGUAUACGAUGUGACAGACCAGGAUUCAUUCAACAACAUGCAUCUCUGGCUGGAGGAAAUCAACCGCUAUGCCAGUGAGAACGUCAACAAAUUGAUCGUGGGAAACAAGAGCGACCUCACGAGCAAGAAAGCAGUGGAUUACACUGCAGCCAAGGAAUACGCAGACUCCCUUGGGGUGCCCUUCCUGGAGACGAGUGCGAAAAACGCCACCAAUGUCGAACAGGCCUUCCUCACCAUGGCGGCAGAGAUCAAGAACCGGGUGAGCAGCGGCCCCACCCAGAACGACAGCCAUAAGUCCAACCUCCACAUCCAGAGCGGCCCCCUGAGGCAAGAAGGGCCUGGCCAGGGAGAAGAUGGCGGAGGAGGCUGUUGCUAAGAGAGCAGCCGCCCAACGAGCGAAGGAGUGGGAGGUUCAAGGAACGCACAAGGGGGAGGGAGCGGUGGUGAGCCUUGGGCCUGCAGAAUGGCCAACGACGACUGGACCCCCAUUUUCUUCACAGCAUCCCAACGUAUCUUUACGGACUUGGAAUGCACAACAGAACUUCUGCUGGCAAAACAGCCUUGGCCCAAUCUGUGUUUGCUUCAUCCUGUUUCCCUGACUUUGGAGCUGUCCUAUCUUUUCCUAUUUAGCAACCACCCCCUGACCUGACCUGCUGUACCAUCACACACAUACAGCCCCGUUUCCUUCUCUUAGCAAAUCUCCUCCCAGCCCAAUGGAACAUGGGACCUACCGAUUGUCAUGCUGCAUAGAAAGAGGGAAUCAAGGGUAGCAAGGGGACAAAGAGACCCUUAGACCAAAUUCAUUCACCUAGAUUUACCAUCAUUGUGUGGUUCUGCUUCCACACACACCAAAAUGGGCUUCGAAGCAGGCACAGCCGCGCUUUGGAGCAUGCAAUCAAGAUCCCUUGGCAAAGUCUAACAGCCACCACCUCCCCCUCAAGCCUUUCCUGUUAAAAAAAAAAAAAUCAGUACUGUAUCUAAUUGCUGAAGGCUGUUUGACUGACAGAAAGGGUAGGUUUCCACCCUUCUCUCGGCCAACCCUUCCCGCUGCCGUCUCCCCAAAACUCCUGCCUGCUAGCUCUGGGAGCAUUACUGCAUUACAAACUUACAUUAGUCCAUGAAUCCUGGGGGUCGUAGUUUGGUGAGGGUCAAGAGAAGUUUCUAUUCCAUAGAGUUCCCCACCAAAGAACUACAGAUCCCAGAAUUAAGGGGAGAAACUGGAAUAACUCUUUAACCUAACUUAAGCAUGGAAUGCAGCCAUUAACAGAGUACACCCACGCCCAACAUUUCAUGGGUGAAAAUACGGACACCGUUGCGCAUGCGUAAUAUGUCUGUUCCGCUACUACAGAUCUCUGUCUGGGCUCUCCCCAAACCCAGCAAUACACAGAUAUUGUUGAAGGUUCUCCUCCCCCCGUGUACCUCAAGGCUCAUUCAUUUAUGUUCAUGUAACUUAGAUAGGGACGCGGGUGGCGCUGUGGGUUAAACCACAGAGCCUAGGGCUUGCCAAUCAGAAGGUUGGCGGUUCGAAUCCCCGCAAUGGGGUGAGCUCCCAUUGCUCAGUCCCAGCUCCUGCCAACCUAGCAGUUCGAAAGCACGUCAAAGUGCAAGUAGAUAAAUAGGUACCGCUCUGGCGGGAAGGUAAACAGCGUUUCCAUGUGCUGCCCUGGUUCGCCAGAAGUGGGUUUGUCAUGCUGACCACAUGACCUGGAAGCUGUACGCCAGCUCCCUCGGCCAAUAACGCAAGAUGAGUGCCGCAACCGCAGAGUCGGUCACGACUGGACCUAAUGGUCAGGGGUCCCUUUUUACCUUUACCUAACUUAGAUAUCGGUGGGAAGGGCUGAAACUUGAGAAAAUCCUAGUCUGCGCACAUGUGCUAACUAGUUUAGAGAAGGGGAAAGCGCACUCCCCAAAGCCCAAACAGGGAUGAUGGUUCACCGUGGGCAGCUACUAGGAAACGGGGACAUGCAACCCACCUGCCAGGGUAUGGUGUGUGAUUUUCAACCUCAUGGCGACGCAACAGUAACCCCAUGCCUGCAACAGGUCAGAAGUCCAGGGUAACAAGAUUUAACAUUUUCAAAAAUCCACUUGCCUUUUGGAGGGUUUGCAGGCCUUAUGGUGCUCCUAACACCGACAGCAUCAAGAAAUGGUAGCAAUCAACUCUCGUUGGCAGAGCACAAUGUCUAACUCCUCUCUCUCUCU